AUGGACCACUUCCUGUUUCAGGACAGAGAAGCUCAGAAAGAGCUGUUGGCCAGCAAUGAUGACUUGUCUGACAAUAACAUCACCAAGGAGAAAAACUUUUUGGGCAAGAUGUUUAAGAAACCGCAGAAACCAGCAGAGAGCGCUGCGUCAGAGCUGGAGUCGGAGGCAAAUACUGAGGCUCAGUUAUCUGCAAGCUGUGAGAAUUUGAGCGACACAACCGUCACAAAGGGGAAAAAGAAUUUCAGUGAGAUGUUCAAGAGAGCUCCAAAACCAGCAGAUGAGGAAACAAACGCAGAUGAAGAACAGAAAUUAUCGGCCAGCGAUGAAGACCUGUCAGGAGCAAACACAGCAACGGAAAAAACAGGAGGAUUGGCAGGGCUCUUCAAAAAGUCUCCCAAACCAGCUCCACGCUCUGUUGCUACUCAGGAUCCCCUCUCGAGGCAGCUGUCAGCCAGCUGUGACAGCCUCACAGAUGCAGGAAAGGAGGCGGCUUUGGGAAACAGUCAGCUGUCUGCCAGUAAUGACAAUCUUUUAGAAGCUUCAAGCACCCCAAAGGAGAAAAAAGUCGGGUUCUCCGGGAUCACUGGGAUGUUUAGACGGACGCCCAAAACUGAGGAGCAACAGGAAGAUGAGGACAUGGAGGCUCCGGCAAGAGGCGGGCUGAGACGCAAGAGGACCGUCAAGAAGAAAAGACGAGUUGUGUCAUUCCGAGUCAAGAAAACUCUUCCUAAAAUUCCCAAACUUGGCCUGACUUCACAGACUUCAGAUAAAAUGCCUGUCAUCGAGGAGACUCUCGAGAUGCAGGACAUGAGCCCAGCACAGGAGAGCACGGUGGAGGUUCAGCCGGUGGAGAUGGCUGCUUAUCCAACUGAGGAAAACCCAGACGAAACCGAGCCGGAAGAGGAUGAACUUUUGGAGUGGUGGAACACAGUCAAAGGUUGGAAGGAGUGGAAUGAGACUUCUGAUUUCCAGGCAGAGGAUGAGGAAAUGGCGAUGGAGCAGGCAGCCGACCGUGUCUACAUGGCAGCCCGUCUUUUUGUGCGUCUUUUCAACCAGCGCGGGGCGUCCUUACAGCAUCGCAUCCUGGAGCUUUUGGCUAUGGCGGACGCUGCAGAUGAGUUCCAUAAGAAGACGGUGUCGGCCGCUGUGGGUGGAGGCGUGGCCAGCGUCGCGGGUAGCAUCACCACAAUCACAGGCCUCAUUCUGGCGCCUUUCACUUUUGGCGCCUCUAUUAUUGUGACAGCAGUGGGGAUCGGUGUGGCGACGGCAGGCAGCAUCACGUCAGCGACGGCUAACAUCACAGACACGGUUCACUCCAGCAUGGACCGUAAGAAGAUGGAGAAAAUGAUCCAGGGCUACCAGGAGGAGAUCAAAGUCAUCAGAGAGUGCAUGGAGUUUGUGCAGAAAGGUCUUGACACCCUGCAGGAGUGGGAUUUUGAAAAAUACGCUCAAAGUGCUGCCAAAAAAGCUAUGAACCACAACAUUAAACACGUGAUGAAAGAGGGAGGCCGCGCGGGAAAAGCCCUGAUGAUCAACACCAACCAGCUCGUCAGCACCGUGCAGGUUUUAGGUAGGGCAGGCGGCGUAGCCAAGGCCGCUCAGGCCAUCAGCGUCACCACAGGCGUCAUGUCGGCACUCUUUUUGGCUUUGGAUGUUUUCUUCCUCGCUAAAGACUCUCAUGAGCUUCGCAAGGGUGCCAAAACCAAAUUUGCCAACAAGAUCAGAGAGGUAUGUAAGGACCUUCAAGAUGGCCUCCUGGAGCUCAACAGGGUGAAGACGCAGCUGCAGAAGACGAUGGACGGCAUUGAGGUGGAGGAGUUUGAGGAGGUUGAGGAGGUGGAAGUAGAGGUUGAGGACGACUUGGUGUCUGAUCCAAAGACGCUGGCUGAGCUGGAGCAGGAGCUGGACCUCCUGGAAGAGAAAGUGGACAAGAAGGUUGUAGAGGUUGAGAAGAAGGGUAAAGAAAUGGAGAAGGAAAAUUCAAAAAUUAAAAAGGUGAAGAAAGAGGAGAAGAGCAUAAAGGAAAAAGAUGAGAAGGAGAAAAAGGAGAAGAGCUUGAAAGGAAAAGAUGGAGAAAAGGAGAAAAAAGAGAAGGAGGACAGUAACGACAAAGACAAAGAAAAAUGCAAGUCCAAAGAAAAGAUGCCCGAUGAGGAAAAAGAGGAGAAAAACAAGGCAAGUGGCAAAACCGCCAAAGAAGAAGUCCUGAAACAACAGUCUCAGAAAGAAAGCAAACAAGACAAAAACACCAAAAACAGAAUAACAGCUGGAAAUGACAACUGUAAGGGUAAGGUCAGCAAGAUAAACGAUGAUAUUGGUACAAAUAAAACAACAGAGAAAGAGAAACAUAAAACUAGAAAAGAGCAGGAGGAAGUGAAGAGCAGAUCAGAGGGCAGCAAAAGUGAGCGAGUGAAACCUGAGAGAGGAAGUGAAAGGAGAAGAAGCAGCAGGGAUGAUGAAGGAGAAAUGAAGCCACCUGAAAGUACAUCUGUAAAUAAAGAGAAAACAGGGGACAGCAGUCAGAGGAGACAUAGCAGCAGGAGUGAGAAAGGUGUAGAAAGAGGAGGUGAACAUCUAAAUAGAGGAACUGGCGAAGAAAGGCAAAGCAGGAAAGGGAGCGAGGAGGAUAGAGGAGUGAAGGAUUGGAGAGCUGAAAUGGCAAAAAAUAGAGAAGAAAAGAGACAAGGUCAGGAGACUGAGAACAGGAAGGAGUCGCACCAAGAUGACGAAAUAUCAUCAACGAAGAGGAGAGGAUCAGAAAGAGAGUUAGGGGGCAGCAGAGAGUAUUCAAAGAGGAGCCACCACAGGAGAGAGCACAGGGAGAGGGGAGAUGAGAAGCAUGGGAGCAGGGUGGAGAGUGCAAGGAGGCAGUUUGAGAGGGCAGGAGGUGAGGAAGAUGACACAAAGGCAAAAAGAAAAGACGAUCGAGAGAGUCAGAGGAGUAACAGAGAGAGGAGAGGAAGUGAAAGAGGGAGAGAGCAUGAACACAGCCAACCAGGACAACGAGCUCGUGCCAAAGCUCUCCUGCGAGACGGACUGGACAUUUGA